UAUAGUUCAACAGUCUACUGUGAGGACGCAGUUCUCGAACGUUAGGGAGUACUUCAUAUUACCUAAUGCUCCCAUUGUCACGUUUUUUAUGGUUCACGCUGUGUGAGACGGCUGGGGGGUUCUAAUGAUGGCUGCCCUUGUGGCUGUCACCCUUGCCCGCCCUGAACCUCCCCCAGUGUACGGUCCACCCCCAUCAUACCCUCCCCCAAAACCUGCCUACGGUGCUCCAGCUUAUCCUGAUACUCCACCGCAGUACAACUCACAGUUUGCUGUGAAGGACGACUACUCUGGUACCGACUUCGGCCACCAGGAGACCCGCGACGGCUACGACACCCAGGGCUCCUACAGCGUUCUCCUCCCCGACGGUCGUCUGCAGAAGGUGACUUACUACGUCAACGGCGACUCCGGCUACGUAGCCGAGGUCACCUACGAGGGUGAGGCCCAGUACCCUGCCUACCAGCCUGCUCCAGCCUAUAAGCCCGCUCCAGCCUACCAGCCCGCUCCAGCUUAUGCAUAAUAUAUGAAGAUUAAUCCUCACUGAUAUUAGGAAAGCAUUAUUUAUUGUACAGUCACAAUAAAGUAGUUUAAA